AAUGGUUCACAAAUCUUUUGGGGAUCGUUCUUCCAUUUCUUUAUUAGAAAAUUUAGAUGCAGACAAAGUACUUCUUCAAUUUGGGAAAUGUGGAUCAUAUCAACUUCUAAUUUACAUUAUGUCUUUGAUUUGUUUUUAUAUGUUCUCUUACCUCACAACUAUAAUUUCAUUAAUUGGUGAAAUCCCUGCCGAUAAAUGCCCCCCUACUCCUUUAAAUAGUUCUACUACUACUAAUUUACUCUUAGCAGAUUCAACUAACAAUUAUUAUGAUAAACAUAUAUCUUUAGCCGAUGAGUUUGGAAUAAAUUGUGAAAACAAAUACCUUCUUGAUCAUGCAAGUGGUGCUUUUAUGUUUGGCAGAUCGUUACGGACGAAGGAUGACUUUUUUGUUGUCAUUAUGGCUAUUCUUAUUGUUGGUUAUGUAGUGACUGUUGAAUCUGUUGCUACUUCCUUUCGGUCAAUUCAGGCAUUAAUUAAUUCACUCGUUUGGGUUUUGGGUAUUUUUGUUGUUGGAAUUCUUUAUCAAUUUAUUUUUAAUUGGCGGUAUCUCUAUUUGUGUGUUGUUUUUCCUGGUUUAUUUACAUUAUCAUAUUAUUGGGCUUUUCCAGAAUCAUUACAUUGGUUAAUUACAAAUAAAGAAACAGAAAAAGUACAAAAAUAUUUAAAUUUAUCUCAAUAUGUAAACAGAACAAAAGUAAAUUUGGAAGAAUGUCAAAAUGAUUCAAAUCAAACAAACAAAAUUAGAGUAAAAAGGAAUUUUCUUGAUUUGUUCAAAAAGCCUUCUUUUGCUUUCCAUUUGAUAUUAAAUUGUUAUAUUUUCGUUGUCCUCAAUUUUGUAUAUUGGGUAUUAACUUUACACAGUGUUGAUAUGCAUGAAAAUAGAAUGGUUGGAUUCUUUUUAUCAGCUGCAGUAGAAAUUCCAGCUGGAAUUAUUGCUAUGCUUUUAUUGAUGAUAUUUGGAAGACGUACAGUUACAUUUCUUACAAUUAGUGGUCAAACAAUAUCAUUAGGAUUAACAAUUUUCACCCCACGGGGAACAACUCCUUUUUUGAUUUUGUCAUUAAUCGCCAAAAUUAUGAACACAAUUGCUUGGGCAUCAGCACCUCUUCUUCUUAGCGAAAUGGCACCUACUACUGCUAGAAAUAUGAGCUAUGGACUUAUUUCAACGGCUGGGGAAAUUGGAUCUUCUUUGUCCCCUUAUUUGAAUAGAAUUGAAGACGAGAAUAUGCAAAAGGGAAUAAUUGCUUUGAUGUCGAUGAUGGCACCAGAAACGUUUGGAAAAUCGCUGCCACAAGAUCUUGAUGAUUUUGAUGCGGGGCCAUUUGUAGCUUUUUUAAGAAAAUUUUCUCGAUUUCCUAAAACACAAAUAUCUAGUACAGAAAUACAAAAAUCUAAUUGUAAAUGAU